AUGGCUGAGGAAGAUUGUUAUAUAAGAGAUUUUGAAGUAUUUUACACUUAACCAGAAAUAAUGUUUUAUAAAUUGAAUGAAGGUUGUUUAGAGUAAAUUUAUGGUCAAUGUCUAAUUUGCAAAGAAGGUUGGAUUUAAGAUGAAUUGCUUGAAAAUUGUCAUCCAAUUUGUGGUGAUGGGCUCAUUCAAGGUUAAGAAGAAUGUGAUGAUGGUAAUCUAAUAUCAAAAGAAUCUUGUACUUUAUGCAAAUAUUCAUGUAUACAAUUUUGUUCAAUAUGUUAAUUUGGAAUUUGUCUACAAUGUUAAGAUGGAUUUUUCAUUAAUGAUAAUUUUAAUUGUGAUCCUUUAUGUGGAGAUGGUAAUUUAAUUCCUUAUUCAACUGAAUAAUGUGAACUGACCGUUAAUGGGGAAUCGGAUAAUUGUUAGGAAUGCAGAUUUAUAUCAAUUGCAAAUUGUAAAACAGACUAUCUUUCAAUUUGCUUAGAGUGUGAAGUGGGAUAUUAAAAAUUGGGAAACAUAUGUUUCCCUUAUUGUGGAGAUAAAUUGAUUCUGGAAUAAUAUGAGGAUUGUGAUGAUGGUAAUUUGUAACCUUAUGAUGGUUGUUUUGAAUGUAAGUUUCAAUGCAUUGAAGAUUGCAACAUUUGUGAAAGAGGAUAGUGCAUUUUGAGAUGUGAAAUAGGAUAUGAAUUUGCUAAUAAUGGUUGUCUUUCUGUUUGUGGUGAUCAAAUAAUCACAAAAGAAGAGGAUUGUGAUGAUGGCAAUACAAUCAUAUUUGAUGGUUGUUUUAAUUGCAGGUAUUCUUGUCCAGAAAAUUGCUUUGAUUGCUAUUAAGGUACUUGUUUAAAAUGCAAUUAUCAAUAUUUAUUACUAAUUUCAAAUCAAUGCAAAUAAUAAUUAGAUUGUGGAGAUGGAUUGCUUUAGGAAUAAGAGGAUUGUGAUGAUGGAAAUUUUUUAGCAACGGAUGGAUGCAAGGAUUGUUUAAUUGAAUAAAAUUGGGUAUGCAUGACAAUAACAACAGAUUCUCUAAGCUAAUGCUCAUUUAUCAAAGCUCCAAAUUUAUUAAUUAAUUAUCUGAAUAUUACUUAAAAUAAAUAGUAUAUAAGUAUCUAAUUUAAUUAAAAAGUAAAAAUUUAAACAGCUUAACCAUUAUCAGAAACUAUAAAUUUUGAAAUAUCAAAUAUAGAAAAGAAGAACUGGAAUAGUCACUUAUAUAUUAUAUAGGAUGUUGGAUCAGAUGUAAGUUUUGGAGAAUUUAUUGUCUAAAUAGAAAUAUAAUAAUUACUUGAAUUUAGGCCAGUCUUGAAAAUUAAAGUAAAUUAGACUGUUGUUAAUAUAGAUGAUGCUGUUUUGA